AUGGCGACUUCAUAUUUAUCAAAACCCGAAACUAAUUUCGUUUGUUUUGCAAAAGUGUGCGUGGAUGUUGUAAAGAUACCUUUAAUUGACAUUCUUUUUGAUCAGAUCAAGCCAGACGACCUUUACCAUAAAAUAAAAUCGUGUGCCGCUCUUUCAGCUGAAAACGGUAAACUUGUUCCAGAUCAAAAGAAAAUAUGCUAUUUAUCACCACCUCAUCUCCCUGACUAUAAAUCAUUUGAUGUUACUUUACUUUACACACUUAUAAGAAAUUUGUGUCCUUCGCUUGAACCAACGCAAGGUUGGGGGAUUAAACCAAAGGCUACACAUACAAAGAUUGGGGAUGAUAUCGAGCGUCUAAGACUGUUUAGAAACAGCUUUGCACACGGCGAAUCAACUGAAAUUAAUGACGAUGAAUUUGAUGACAUUUGGAAGGAAAUAAAGUCAGUUAUUCAAAGAAUGCAAGCAUCGACAAACCCAUUAAAAAAAUAUGAGCUCGAGUUGAUAAAUAUAGAGGGCUGUAGGUUUGGAUAUGAAGAUCGGGAAAAGUACAAAACUUUUUUGGGGGUUACAUUGCAGAUGUGGAAACAUAUCGAAGAUGAACCUCAGAUUUGUAUAAAAGGUGCUCAGGAAGUUUUAUGCGGGGAAACAACGCAUUUUGAUGCAGACUUGAAACAGUUCGAUUCUCAAACUUGGUCAAUGUACUGGCAAAAGACAAGAGAAAAGACAACAGAACAAAUUGACACAGAAAAGGAUAAGUACAAGAAUAGCUCCAAUUUAAGGCUUACAGUAAAUUUCGUGAGUAAGGAAGAUGAAGGGGAGUACCAAGUUGUCUUAGCUAGAAAACACAAUGGUGGGGAUUACAAGUUAUGCAGCAACAGAAUUUAUUUAACACCAAUUGGAGAUCUUCCAAUUGCAAACAUUUCAACCAACUCAAGACCAAUUUUCGGAUCAAAUACGAUAAUUACUUCAAGAAUUUCAUCUUGUCCAUCACUUGAAGGUGUGGAAUGGCAAAAGAGCAUUGACGGAAAUACUUUUAACUGCAUAGACAUAAGUCAACCACGAUAUAAAGGAAGUCCUCCAAAUGUUUUGACAAGUCAUAGAAUAUAUUUCGAACAUCAAUCAGUAAAACUGAUUGGCACAGUUUUUGUGAGUGAAAAGUCUCCUGCAGUGCACACAGUAUUUUGGACAAAAAAUGGAGAGAAAAUUGUAACGUCUGAAAGAGGUGGAAGAUAUUCGGAAGUGAGCGUUGACCAUCCUUCACUUACCAUAAACAGUGUAAACUCUCAUGAUAUCGGGGCUUAUCAACUCAAUGCCAUCAACGCCGUUGGAUCAACUGCUAGUGACACUAUUGUCCUUGAUGAACCUAGAAUAUGUGUGGAAAGAAAAGAAAAUCCUGAUAGCAGCCACUGCUUUAUAGCACAGAUCCAAUCCGUUCCGGCGGCCUAUCACUCUCAAUGGAUGGUAAAGGGGAAGGAUGAUGAUACGUUCAAGCCAGUCGACAUCAAUGAUGAGGAAUUUAAAGGAUCUUCAAACGCCCUUCCUCGUCCUAUAUUGGUUGUAAAACGCAACCAACUACUUAAAGAGAAUUGUUUUGUCAUCGAAGUACAAAAUUUUGUUGGGAGAAAAACACAUUGUUUUGCAGGAAGAGGACAUUUAAAAACCAGAAGAUGUAAAAGAAUGAGUACAGAGGCUUUGAUCGAUAAAAAACUUGAAGAUGUCAACUCUCUCUGUGAAUCUUGGGGAUUUAACGUCGGGGAUAUUAUCAAUUCAAUUAGGUUAAAUGCACAAGAAUUAUCAGAAAUGGCAUUGGCAACUAUAGAUGUAUUAUUCGAAUCAUCAAAGAGUCAGCAAUCCUGGAAGGACAAAAAUGUCAUUAUUACGGCAGUGCACAUUUUAGGAAAAGUUUUGAUGCUAGUUGGAUCGCCUGUCCACGUCACUGGCGUAUCAUCUGACGUUGUUCGUUUGGCUGACUGUUUUCUAAAUAUUUUCUUUAGGGUAUGCAAUCCAAAUAUUGAAGCAAUGCUAGAUCUAGGUGACAGCACGACUGAUGGAUAUGAUUAUGUUGACUUAGCCGAGCGAUUUAAAACACUUAAUAUAUUUCUUAAUGAGCAAGAAUUGACAGAAAACUUCGAUGAACCCGAUUUAAGUGACUUUAUUGCAAAUAUUGAUAUUUAUAUUGGAAUUGACGAGAUUGGAAUAGUCCAAAAUCGUAUUAAAGAGAUGAUGUAUGGACCAAGAGAUCAAUCUCAACCUUAUUUGAACUAUCUGAAAGUAUUUUUGAGAAUGUGCACAUUCCGUCAUGUACUUUUGUUAAGAGUAAUGAAUUGCCUAAUAGCGAGACAAUAUUCUCUUCGUACAGUAAAUACGUUAAGAAACUUCAUCGAAAAAGAAAGAGUUGAUAACCGUUGUUUUCUGAAAUUUUUCUCUCUGCCGAAUCUAGAAAGCACAGAAAUUGUAGCUGAAUUUGAACCAUCAGAGCACACAGAAUUGGCAGCAUAUCUUAGGGAAGUGCGACUGCCUUUUCAGGAUUUGAGAGAAAUACUUCACGACCGAAUUUUCUUGAUCCAAUCUUUUGUAAAUCCUUUUGUCUUUCUGGCUAGACAAAAUUCAAUUUUCAGCAACGCUGUAACAUUGACAUUUACUAAAAGAGUACUCUCCACUGACAACAACCAAUUUAAAUUCAUUGCUAAAGAUAACUCCUUCAAUCUUUUCUACAUCCAAUCCCCAAAUUCAGACAAAUGCGUGUAUAUUGAGGGAAACACAAUCAAACAGGGACAGGAAGCAAUGCACAGGGCUGCUCAGUGGAGAGUUUUACAGGUUUACAGAUCAGAUGGUGGCGACAAAACAGCGUCUUGUUUCGUUAUUUGUGCAAAACAAAGACCAAGUAGAUUCGUUUAUCUGAAAAAAGACAGAAAGUGUCUUGUAAAUCAAUCUAAACCCAACGAUCAGUGCUUAUUUGUACUGAUACCAAUUGGAGAAUCACCAAUACUAGUCUCAAGACCUAUGGAAAGGAAUCUUACCGAUGAAUUACAGGAAAUGCCUUCUUUCACACAGAUGAAAUCACGAAAUGUCCAAAUCAGGAUUACAAACUUUAGAAAGAUCAAGGAUUUUUUGCAAAAGGAACAUGCGAUGAUUGCAAAUGAUAUUGACCAAAUUGAAAAAUACAUUUCAUAUGAAGGAAUUGAAGAGCUAAUUAUGUUGAACCCUUUACUGGAAAAAAUAGCCAAAACAGUAGAUUCAACAAAAGGUGACAACUUUGAUGAACAUACGAUGCAUGCAUUACAACAGAUGAUUUCGAUAUCUUAG